GCAAUAGACUGGAAGCGUCACGAGAUUAAUAUAUAUAAUAAGAUUAUUUAUUGGUUUGAUGUAAUUAAGAAGGUAUUACAAGAUCCGGCCAUUUUACCCGAAAAUGUCUACAAUAUGGACGAGACGAGAGUUAUGUUAUGUAUACUCGCUUCUAUUAAAGUCCUUGUAAGUAGGGACGAUCUGCGAGAUUAUAGAGGUGCGGCUGUCAAGCGCACGAUGGUGACUGCCAUCGAGUGUAUAAGUGCAAAUGCCUGCUACCACCUAUUAAAGCAAUUAGACCACGUUCCCUACCCCUGGGUGGCAUUAUACGUGCUCUAAAUUUGGAUAUACCG